AUGACUUCCUUAGAUCAACCGCCGUCGGAACAGCAGCCAGAGAAAAAACUAUGGUAUCGUUCAUCGCUCUUCAAUGCCUUUGUAAUAGGCGCAGUAGGGUUUCUGGCCCCAGGAAUGUGGAAUGCGAUGUCUUCUCUAGGUGCUGGAGGUGCGGAAUCGCCGUUUUUGGUUAAUGCUGCUAAUGCAUUGGUUUUUGGUUUGAUGGGAAUAUUUUGUGUACUAGGAGGACCAAUUGCGAAUCGGAUAGGAUUGAAAUAUACAUUGACACUUGGAGCAGUGGGAUAUCCAGUUUAUUCUGUAGGAUUAUUCUGGGCUUCAGAGGGGGCAGUUGCGUUGGGAUAUCCGGAACCGGCAAAAAGAGGAAAAUAUAUGAAUAUUUGGUUGUGGUUUCGUACAGGAGGACCGCUUGUUGGUGGUGCUAUUGUUUUGGGUCUUAAUCAUGCGAGCAACCAAAAGAAAAAGGGAAAGGUUGGGUACGCUGUGUACAUUAUCUUCAUUACCCUUCAAUGUCUAGCUGCUUUCAUAGCUCUUGCACUCUCUCCUCCGGACAAGGCCCAAAGAUCAGAUGGAUCGAAAAUCAAGAUUGUACAUGAAAAAUCUUUCAAGGCAGAGAUCAAAGCGCUCACUAAAACAUGUGCAAGACGCGAUAUUCUACUCCUAUUGCUUGUCUUUUGGGCUGCAUACUUUAAUCAAUACUCUGGAAAUUAUGAGGUUUAUUACUUCGGAGUUCGUGCUAGAGCUUUGAUUGGCUUUGUCGGAAAUUUUGCCAAUUUGUUCGCAUCACAAAUCAUGAGUACGCUACUUGAUUACAAGAAAAUCUCAGUCAAGCAACGCCUUAACAUCGGUUUCUACUACGUGAUUUUCUGGCAUAUCGUAGCUUGGAUAUACGCUUGGGUUUUCAAUGAGAAAUUCGGUGCCGAACAACCUGAUCUCGAUUGGACCGAUGGAGAAUUCACAAAGGGGUUUUUUGUCAUCUUAUUAUGGUCUUUCUCACAACAGUCGCUGCAAAAUUGGCUCUACUAUUUCGUAUCCACAAAAAAAGAUAAUAUUUCAGAAUUAUCACGCUUUACAGGAAUCCUGCGCGGCCAAGAAAGCUUCGCCCAAGCUGUCUCUUUCGGUAUCAACACGAGAGAUUGGUAUAGAGGUCGUGUUCCAAUGGGUGUGAAUACUAUCUUACUUGUAAUUUGCCUGCCAACAACCUAUCUCGCCCUCCGCGAACAUGUUCCAGUUGAAACACCCAAAGAUUACGGAUCCGAGCCAGUCAAACCAUCUGAGCCUGGUCUAGAACCGGGAUAUGAAACUACUCACUCGGAUGAUAAACAGGUUUUGAAAUUGGCUGUUGGACAGACAGUCGAGGCGGGAAUGUGA